UCAGAAGCCCAAAAUCUCCAGAAGAGCUUAGACCAACUUGCCCAGUGGGAGAAGGAGAUGUCUGUGGCCGAGAAAGAUGCCGAAAUAUACAGAAUCAAACGCACCCAACAGCUGUAUGCUACCCGUCGAGACAUUCUCAAGCUGGUCAAGAUGUUCUGGUACAUUGUUUUGGCAGAAAAUGACGACUUUGCAGAGUACGUCAAUGUAGAAGACUUGAAGUAUCUUGAGUCCAUCGAGAAUUUGUACGUCUAUUACCCUGUAGCAGACUCAGAUGAUACUAGUGGUGACAACUAUAAGGAUUUCUCUAUCACCAUCACCUUUGCUGAUUCUGAUGAUCUGCUUGUGCCACCACAGGAAGUUACCAAGAACUUCAGAACCAUCGUUAAAGAUGGUGAAGAAACAAUUGUCUCAGACCCCGUAGACAUAGAAUGGCCAGAAGAAUUGCAAUCUAUAAAUCCCAUUCUAAUCAAGAAGGAAAAUAAAGGUAAAGAAUUGACCAAAGACCAAAAAAAGAACUACAGAUUGGGAAUGAAGUCGUUCUUCUCUUGGUUUGCUUGGACAGGAGAAAAACUGGGCAAAGAAUUCAGAAGCGGAGAGGAUCUUACAAGGCUUAUAGUAGACGAUUUGUUCUUGAAUGCCUUAAAGUACUACGUAUUGGCACUUCCAAAUGAAGAUGAAGAUGAUCAAAGUGAUGAAGAAGACAGUUCAGAAGGUGAGGAGCUUGACUUGAGCGAAGAAGAAGACGUUGACACUGGAAAACGU